AUGGCGCCCAAGGUUCUCAUCAUCCUCACCUCCCACGAUAAGCUGGGCGAGUCCGGCAAGCCCACCGGCUGGUUCCUGCCCGAGCUCUCCCACCCGUACGACGUCCUCAAGGAGGCCGGCUGCGAGAUCACCAUCGCCUCGCCCAACGGCGGCAAGGCGCCCCUGGACCCGGCGUCGGUCGAGAUGUUCAAGCAGGACCCCUCGGCCAGCGCCUUCUUCGCCGACCAGAAGCCCCUCUGGGAGUCGACGACCAAGCUGUCGACCAUCGCCGCCACGGCCGCCGACGACUACGACGCCCUCUUCUACCCGGGCGGCCACGGCCCCAUGUUCGACCUCGCCGGCGACGUCACCUCGCAGCGCGUGUGCUCCGAGUUCGCCGCCAAGGGCAAGCCCGUCGCCGCCGUGUGCCACGGCCCCGCGGCGCUGGUCAACGUCAAGGUGCCGCUGGACGGGCACUCGCUGCUCAAGGGCCGGGAGGUCACGGGCUUCAGCAACGUCGAGGAGGACCAGAUGGACUACAGCAAGUGGAUGCCCUUCAUGCUCGAGGACAAGAUGAACGAGGCCAGCGGGGGCAAGUACGUCAAGGCCGCCGAGCCGUGGGGCGAGAAGGUCGUCGUCGACGGCAACCUGAUCACGGGGCAGAACCCGGCCAGCGCGAAGGCCGUCGGCGAGGCCAUCUUGGCGGCGCUGAAGAAAUAA